CACGGCGAACCAAUCCAACCCUUACUUGAGACCAGUAUUGGCUACGAGUAUAUUGUAUCAUAUCGCACUCACCAAGUGAUGCACGGCGACCAAGACUUGCAGGCAGAACCGUUGCCGCCAGUCGAUCACGAUGGGACAGAGGCAAAGCCCAUCGGACCACCCACUCUUGACCAGACGGAGGCCGAGACCGAUCUACAUCUCGAUAUGGACAAUGCACAAGAAUACACCUCCCUGAGGAAGACGCGCAAAAUGCCUAUGUUUGAAGGGCACUCUGUUCUUUGCGAGGAAUACGCAGCCAUAGGCUACGACUUCUGCGGCUGGAACACCCGUCCACGCGCCCUGUCGAAGCGGCCUCUGAUUAUCGACGCGGAAUUCAUGACGGCAAUCCCGGAGAUGUAUCAGUGGAGGUUUCAGAAUUCCAUCAUGGUCUUUCUGCUGACUGUCUACCUAGUGUGGGUUCUGCGGUAUAUCUUCAAUGGGAAUUUGGCCACAGAAAAGGAAGGGUACGAGGUAGAGUACGAGAAGACGAAUGGUGCGAUUGUGGAUUAUAUGGAGGAAUACUAUUUAAAAAAGUCAGAUGACCGGGAGAUGGAUCAUGAGGUUAUGAAGACGGAUGAUCUGGAGACGAAUGGACCGCCGGCGAAGCGGACGUAUUCGUGGAGUAUAUUGCAGGGGUGGAUAGCGAGGAGUAGUGGGUUGAUGUUGGUUAGGCGUGCAUAGAGGAAGGGAC